AUGCCUCGGCCCGGGAAGAGCUCCUACAGCGACCAGAAGCCGCCCUACUCCUACAUCUCCCUCACGGCCAUGGCCAUCCAGAACUCCUCCGAGAAGAUGCUCCCGCUCAGCGACAUCUACAAGUUCAUCAUGGAACGCUUCCCUUACUAUCGCGAGAACACGCAGCGCUGGCAGAACUCCCUGCGCCACAACCUGUCCUUUAACGACUGUUUCAUCAAGAUCCCGCGGAGGCCGGACCAGCCCGGGAAGGGCAGCUUCUGGGCGCUGCACCCGGACUGUGGAGACAUGUUUGAGAACGGGAGCUUUCUGCGCAGACGCAAGCGCUUCAAAGUCCUCCGCGCGGAGCACGUGUCCUGUAAGAGCGCGCCCAUGAUGCAUUACUUUCACCAGCACCACGCGGGCACCAAACCCCCGGCCCACCACGAGCACGCGGCCGUGGGCUCGCGCCUGCCGCACUUCCAGAGCUACACGCAGCCCGCGGCCUUCAGACACCCGUUCGCCAUCGAGAACCUGAUCGGCCGAGAGUACAAGGGCGCGCUCCCGCUCAGCGUCAUGCACCACCUGGGCUACCCCGUGCCCGCGCAGCUCAGCAGUAUGGUCAACUCCAUGUGGCCGCACGUGCUGUCUGACCCCGUGCCCUCCGCCGCGGACUACGGGCCUUUCGGUGUCUCCAAAAGUCUGUACCACAGCCAAGGCGCGCCCGCGCUGCCCGCCGUGCCCGUGCCCAUCAAAGCCACGCCGGGACUGGGGCCCGUGCCCGGCCUCAGCGCGCUCCCUCCUGGGGCUCAGCUGUGCGCGCCCCCGGGCCUCGACAAGUCCGACCUGCUGGAGUCCAAAAGUACAGCCCUGCACCCGCUCCUGCUGUAG